GUGACUCUUGUAUACAAAUUACAGACUAAGUAGAAUAUUCUCCCGUUACAUCUACACUUGCUAGAUUAGCCAGGGACUGAAAGUGGCCGACCGUUGCCUCUCAUCCUUCCCUCCUGCUCACACACCUGUCAUCUACUCAAAUCAUCUCUCGCACGGCGUUCCCCGUACCUUUUGCCCCAGAUCGGCGCCGGGUUAUAAAGCGCCGCAUCGUCACGUGAGUGAAAAAGUCGACGAGUGGACGCAGUUUUCCGGCGGCUAGUGUCAGUCCCAAGCCCAACUGGUAAAAAAACGCCCGUAUUACUUUGCCACAAUUCCCCUUCACUCUCUCCCCAUUGAUCAGCAACCAUGUCUGACGAAGAACCUCAAGUGAGCGUUUACGCUCUCACUGUCAAGUUUUCGUCUCAUCUUGCUCUUGACGACUUGACCAUCCCGGACCUUUUUACCGAAUUGGGUAUUUCUGAUUCCGAAGUUGUGGUACAGCUCACCGAAAAGCCAUACACCUUGAAAACCGUCCAGGAGCACCUCCUCCGCUUCAGAGACCUCAUCGGCUUGAAUUUCUCCGAUACCGCUGCGUCAAUGGUUAAUUCCGGUGCCUCCAGGUUUGCCGCGCUCAAUUUGAACGACGUGCAAGAAAAGGCCGAGGAGACGACCGACGAAGCCAAGAAGACCUUGUCCGCUGAAGAACAAGAGGCGAUCACCGCUCUUGUUGACUCCAUUGGCGUUCCAUCCUUGUCGCAGCAUGUCGCUGACGACUCUCAGGUCUCCAUGGUGCCGGCCUUGAAGUCCUUGGCUGUCUCUGCCUGGUCCCCGGUCCCGGCGGCCCAGAAGCUCAGAGGCGACUUGCUCUACCUCACCGCCCAGUCCCUCGAACACGAGACCUACCACAUCACUGCCCACAUCACCGGCUUCUUUGUCAACAAGUCUUCCGCCGCCACCUUCAACCCAGCCUUGAAGGUCAAUGAGAGGGGCACCUUCGCCAAGGCCCACUGCUUGUACGACCUCUUUGCGGGUAUCUCGCCGGCCUUUACCACGCAGUUGCAGAUCAGCAUCGCCCAGCUCGCCGCCUUGGCCCCAGAGUCCUACCUCCAGCCGCAGACCACCGCGUUGUCUCUGCCGUGGUUGGUUGCCGCUGCCGCUACUGUCACCCCAGACGCCUCCAGGUCCCAGUUGACCUACCUCACCGGCGGUGUUGACGGCGCUGAACACGUGCACGACUGGAACGAGGACUACCAGUCAGUCCGUGAGUUGCUGCAGGCCGAUCUUCCGUCCCGCAUCAUGCGCGAGAGGUUGCUCGCCAAGACCUCUUUCGAGUUCACCAAGACCGCGAGCGCUACCGCUCUUUCCAUCUUGCAGGGUGAUAUUGCGCCAAUGAACCCGGAGGACCCGGCCGAAUACCACAUUUUCCUUCGCAACGGGAUCUUCUACUCCUUCGGGGGCAUCGACGCCGCCGGCCAGUUCGCCGGAGCCGGUGGUGAUGAUGCCGCGAGAUACGCCGUCUCCAAGGACUUGCAGGGUGUCAAGUGCCUCAACCGCUUGGACCCUAAGCAAAUCUCUGGUUUGGUUACCGCCGUGGUUGACUACUGUGGUAGAAGAAUCGUUUGCCAGGCCCCAGUGCCGGGCAUUUUGAAUCAGCCACAGGAGGAAGAGGGUGCCGCUACCCAGGAGAAGAUUUUGUACGGUUCUGCUGCUGAAGGAACCGCCAUUGUCGCGGAUGCCGGGUUCCACGAGAUCUUGAAGCCUAUCGCCGAGGCGUUCCACUUGAAGGAGCACACCGCUUUUGCCAAAACCAGCUCCACCGACCUUGUCUUAUCUAAGGACACCAAGGGGUUGAAGGGUACUGACGACAGAAAGUACCUCAUUGACUUGUACAGAACCACCCCGUUGGACAUUGAAUUCAUCGACGCCCACUUCACCGGCGAUGCGACUUCCUACCCGCACAGAGAGACCGUGAUGAGACAUGAGGCUAUCGAGGAGUGGUGGAGACGUCAAGUCGGGGUCUUGAUCAAGGAACAGGCCCAGAAGUUGGAUGCUGAAAAGGUCGAGGGUGAGGACAAGGAGAAGGAGCAGAUCAUUGUUGACGGCUCUCAAUUCGCCUUGAAUCCCGAUGCCUUCCCACUUGUCAUGCCAACCGACGAAGCCGUGCAGAAGCAGCUUGGAGAAGAUGAGAAGGACGUCAGAGAGGUGUCCAAGUUCAUUUCUGAAGUUUUAGUGAAUGAAUUCUUGGGUGACGUUGGCUCUGCCAAUGGUAUGGCGCCAGUCGAUGGUUCCCACUUGACCGCCACCUUGCACAAGAUUGGUAUCAACUUGAGAUACUUGGGUAAGAUUGCUGCCGAAGCUUCCGCCAGAAAGGAUGCUGAGGUUGUCAGAGUUGCUGAAGCCAAGAAGGUGGUUGCCGAAACCAAGGAGGAAGUCAAAGAGGAAAUCAAGGAAGAAGCUAAGGAAGAAACCAAAGAAGAGGCUAAGGAGGAAAGGGAGGAGAAGGUCCCAUCCAAGGCCGACUUCAAUCCAACCAUCGCUUCCUAUACCACUCUCUACACCGUCUCCGUCCAAGAAAUGAUUGCCAGAGCCUCCAAACACGUUUUGAGAGCAUUUUCCAAGGACCUUCCGCUCCCAUUGCUCCCAGCCGUGGUUUCGCACUUCCACAACUGCUUGUUGGGUGCCGCUGUCAACCCACAGCCGGAAUUUAUCGUUGACGAGACCCUCAAAGCCCUCUUUGCCGCAGACGUUUCUUCCGUCUCCCAGUUGACCCCUGCUGGCGUUGUCACUUUGCUCGAAGCCGAAGUCUUCAAAAGAUUCAGAUACCAAUUGCCAGCCCAGUGGACCGAGACUAUCAAGCCGGUGCAGUUGUUGAGAGAAAUCGCUGUCAAGUUUGGUAUCCAGUGGAAGGCCCAGGACUACGCAUUCACUGCCGAAACCUUUGCCUCUUUCAAGGUUGGCCAGCAGCAGACUGUCGUCGAAAAGGCCAAGAAGACCAAGAAGGCCAAGAAGACUGCCUUUGUCAUCAGGGUUAUCGAGAGAACCACCACUUUUGUCCCUGAGGACAUUGUCAACUUUUCCCCGGUCGUCAAGGACUCCAUCUACAAGUCCACUUUGACCGAAGAGAUUCUCCAGGCAGCCACCAACCACGUCAACCAGGAUCAGAAGGAGGUCGGCUUGACCUUAUUCUCCGAAGCCAUCUCUGUCUACGAGCAAAUCUAUGGCCCUGUGCACCAGGAAACUGCCAGAGCCUACACCUUGUUGGCCCAGCAGUACCAGGACUGUGGCUUAGUCUCCGAGGCCUGUAAGGUCUCCCGUAAGGCCGUCUACCUCACCGAGAGAAGCUUCGGGUCCGACUCUUUCGAGACCUUGUUGAGCUUGAUCAACUCUGCUUUCUUCGAACAGGCCAACGGUAACCACGUUGACUCUUUUAAGAUCUACACCCGCUUGUUAAACGACUGGAACGUCAUCUACGGCGAGGGCCACCCAUCUGCCAUCACCACCGUGUCCAAUCUCGCCAGCAUCUUGCAAAAGUUGAACAUGACCGAAGUUGCUGCCUCUUUGUUCAAGCUUGCGUUAACCCACUCCGAGACUGUCCACGGUGCAGACUCUCAGCUCACUGGUUUGAUCCACUUCCAGUACGCCCAGCACUGCAUCAUGACCUCCCAGUUGGACGACUCUGUCGCCCACAUGGAGGCUGCCAGAGAGAUCUUCACCGCCCACUUAGGUGGCGAGGACUCAUUGACCAAGGAUGCCACCAAGUGGGCCGCCAACUUGGUCAACUACAAGGCGUUUGUCGACCAGCAAGAGGAGCAGAAAAAGAAGAAUCUCGAAACCGUUACCAACGGCAGCACUGCCCAGAAGCACAAGGUCAAAUCCCUGACGGAAAUUGCCCAGGCUGCCGCUAUCGCCACCGGGAAGAAGGCCAAAAAGGUCAAGAAAGAGGCUGUCCCAGACUUGGCCGACCAGUCGGUGGAGGAUAUUUUGAAGUUUAUCGAAGGCAAGCAGCCAAAGAAGGGUAAGAACGCCAAGAAGACUGCUUAACCUCCACCUCUUGCCUAAACCUGU